CUUCAUCGAUCUCUUAAAAUUUUGUAGUGGUUUGCGUUCUUUGCUAUACAAAUAGAACCAGCAGUAGCAACAACCGUUGUCAACGGUCUAGCAGAUUUUCAUCAAAAAAAGGCGGUUUUAUUGACUUUCUGCGCGACUACUUCCAAGAUGUCAUCCGCACGUCUCCACGGUGUUCGAAACACUUUAUGUACCCGACUCCGUGGCGCGCAGCAAACGAUUGGUCGUGUCUGCGAACUACAACCAGGGAAUAAUCUUGCUGGUGUCCACCUUAAAAAGAACCCAGCAAAUAAGCCAACAUCCUCGGCGACCGCAUUUACGCUCCGGUCCUACAGCUCGGGCCCGGUGGGCGCGGCGUUGCAAUAUCUCGGUUUGUAUCAAAUGUAAAAAUGUCUGGGUCUGGAAGAGUGCAAACUUGUGAUGCGCAUUUCAGAACACAGAAAAAUCUCUCAUGCAUAGGCAACAAAAGUUCCCACUUUCUGUCACCAGAGUCAGGAAUUUGUCAUGCGGAUUCGGCAUUGCGGAGGCUUCUCGAAACCUGUCAUGCUAGAGCUUCCAUGCCAGACCUUCUGUGUCAUGCAGAAACAGCAUGACAGUUCCAGACCCAGACAUUUUUACAUUUGAUAGUUUGCAGUCGGCCCCGACCAAGGAAUCGGAAGAAGGGGCGAAAUUUUUGGAGAAAAACCGGAAACAGCCGGGGGUGGUGCGGUUGCCCAGCGGACUGCAGUACAAGGUGUUGAAGGCCGGGGCGGGGAAGGAAACGCCGUUUUGGUCCACGCCCUGUUCCUGCCACUACGAGGGACGACUGCUCGACGGAACGAAAUUCGACUCCAGCUACGACCGCGGACAGCCCACAACCUUUGCGCCGAAUCAGGUAAGUUUAGAGGAGUUGUUUUUGGAUAUUAUGCUUGUAUCGAGUAUUAUAGUCAUUGCAUAGUGAUAGGCUUAGGCACACCACCAGAAGCGUCAAGAGCGUCCGUGUAAAAAUGCAGUCGUUUGCACUGCAGUGCCAGUGUGAGUAUGUAGCUCUUCCCACGAGGACUGCACGACGAAGCCAAGCAACGUCUCUCAUGGAGAAAGCCCAUAUAAAAUGGCAGGUAAUUCGUGGUUGGACGGAGGCGAUGCAAUUGAUGGUGGAAGGGGACGAGUGGGAAUUGUACAUUCCAGCGGAGCUGGCCUACGGACGGGCAGGCGCGGGCAGUGCGAUUCCGCCGGACGCCACGCUGAUUUUCAAAAUGCAAAUCGUGAGGAUCAUGGGACCGGGGAAGGCGAAGGAAUGAAGCUAGAGGAAACGUUACGGAUUGCAGUUUUUUAAAGCAGAAAGACGCGCGAACGUUUCUUACUGGGUAUUUGGAAGUAGGAGGUGAAUGUCAAUGAGCCGAAGCACGACGUGCUUGGAGAGCAACAAAC